UGAUUUAUAUAACUGAUGCAAUGAUCAUUAUAAUUGCAAAACUUAAUAAACAAAUUGCUAAUUGACAUUAUCAGUUAAUACUGAUUGAUCUCUAAGAUAUACUAAACUUUCAUGUUAUUCUUUCAACUUUAUCAAUUGUGUAAUAUCAAUUUACAUCAUGACAAUUGUUGAUUAUAUACAAACUCUAUCCGAUAAUCCAUAUUUUGGCGCUGGCUUUGGCCUCUUUGGCCUUGGUGCCACUGCUGCUUUAUUGAGAAAAAGUGCACAAUUUGGGGCUGUAUUAUUCAGACGGCAUUAUAUGAUCACUUUGGAAGUACCAUGCCGUGACAAAAGUUAUCAAUGGCUUCUACAAUGGAUCACACACAAAGGUGCUCGUAAGACUCAACAUCUCUCUGUGGAGACUAGCUUUGAACAGAAAGAAACUGGUCAUGUGAAAACAAAAUAUGAUUUUAUUCCCAGUAUAGGAACUCAUUUCUUCAGGUAUAAGGGGAAUUGGAUAAAAGUUGAAAGAACAAGAGAACAACAGACUUUAGACUUACAUAUGGGUAUACCAUGGGAGACUGUGCAGUUAACAGCCUUUGGCAAGGACAGAAGCAUAUAUUUCAACAUCCUUGAAGAAGCCAGACAAAUGGCAUUGAAAGAGCAUGAGGGAAAAACUAUAAUGUAUACUGCUAUGGGAAGCGAAUGGCGACAGUUUGGUCAUCCUAAGAAAAAACGACCAUUGGAGUCGGUAGUUUUAGAUACUGGUGUGUCUGAAAGAAUAGUCAAUGACUGCCGAGAAUUUAUCAAUAAUCCUUCGUGGUACAGCGAAAGAGGAAUUCCGUAUCGCCGAGGCUAUUUAUUGUAUGGGCCUCCAGGAUGCGGAAAGUCAUCAUAUAUUACUGCCUUGGCUGGAGAACUAGAGCGCGGCAUUUGUGUCUUAAAUUUAUCUGAAAGAGGUCUGACGGACGACAGACUGAAUCACUUAUUAGCAGUAGCUCCGCAGCAAACCAUUAUCCUUCUCGAAGAUAUCGACGCUGCUUUUACCAGCAGGCAGGAAUCUAAAGAAGUCAAAGCAGCGUACGAGGGUCUGAACAGAGUUACGUUUAGCGGUUUGUUAAACUGCCUGGAUGGCGUAGCAUCUGCAGAAGCUAGGAUAUUAUUUAUGACGACUAAUUAUCUGGAAAGAUUGGACCCUGCACUCGUUAGACCAGGCAGAGUCGAUGUUAAGGAAUAUAUUGGAUGGUGCAGCGAGAAUCAGGUUGAGCAAAUGUUCCGAAGAUUCUACAGAGAACCGGGCAAGGAUCCUGAUGUACUCGCGAGAAAAUUUGCAGAUAACGUUAUUUCCUACAAAAGAAACGUCAGUCCUGCGCAAAUUCAAGGAUACUUCAUGUUUCAUAAAAACAAUCCAGAUGCGGUGAUAAAUAAUGUUGCACAAAUCUGGGAACUCACGUGAUGAAAAGUGAAAUCUAGUAUAAUCUGAAGCAGGACUAUUUAUAUUAGCAUCGAUGACCAUGCGAAGUGACUAUAGUACAUACACAUAUACACACAUUCUUGUGUUUUAUAUAAAGAUACUUUAUUAUUCUGAAGAGAGAUCAAUCUAUACAGAGUACAGAGUGAGUAAUCAUUAUUUCCAUUUUACUUGCGCGAAUAUAAAACAGAGAAUGAACACUUGAGUAAAAACGAAUAUAAUUAAAAAUAUCUUGGUAUUACAUAAUGUACAACUGUUGAGAUAUUGUCACGUGGUAGAAAAUACAAAGAUAUUAAUGCGAAGUGAAAACGAAAAUGAAAAUCCGACAAAAUUCUUCUACAUCUGAUAUUUUGUUUCUCGUAACUAGUGCGCUAUUUUGCAUUUGUACCACCGGCAAUUGUAUAUGGACGAGAUAUAUGAAUACUGCUUUGUUCAAACGAAAAGACUUCCUCAAGUAUUAUAACAAAAAAUAAUUUUACCAAUGUAAAUAUCAAUCCUUAGCUGGACACUACGGUCAGAAAAUAUGGUGUGUAUAAAACAGUAACAGUCUUACAGUAGUAACGUCAACGUUGCAUUAAUUUAAGAAAAUUGUAUAUAUAUAUAUAUAUGAGGGUAUGGUAGAAAAAAGGCAGUUUUCCUAUACUAAAUGUAACUACUUUGGCAGCCUGCUUGAAGUCGACCCACUACACAGUUUUCUAACUGGAACAUGCCAAUUUGUACUAUGUUGUUUCAAAGCAGAUUCAUAUAAUAAUUAAAUAUAUCGUACACAUAUUAUAUUCGCAAGUAUUUUCACGAAUAUACGCUCACAGAAAGUCGAAUAUCUGUAUAUAUUGAAAAUAGAUCUAUCACUGAAUUCACUAAGAAGUCCCUUGGGCUCUCUAUCCUACACAACUAUCAAUAAAGAAUAGUUGACAGUAGACACCCGCGAUAUUUCUAUUGAAUUCGUUUGAUAUUCAGAUUUUGUUUUGUUUUUCACUUUCUCUCUUUUUCUUUCUCUCCUUCUCGAUCAUUAGAAAUAAUAUUUACAACAUAAACAUUCGAGACCUCU